AUGAAUUUAAUUAAGGAUAUCAUAACUGUAUUAAUUUAGUGAAAAUGCUACCCUGAUUGCUAAACAAGGAAUGUCAAUGAAAGCAAAUGAUCAAAGUGAUUUGGGAAAUAAGCUAAAAGUGAUUGAAAGUGAAUUUUUUUAACUUCAUUCUACUGAAAAGUAUGAAAUUCGUCCAGAAAAAUAAAUAUUAGCAUUUGAAAUGCUUUAAAAUUGCAAAAUGUCAUCAUAAGUGAACCUUUGAAAAUCAGUGAAAAGAAAAAUGAAUAUAGAUUUAUUAAAUCUUUGGUAUGACGUUUGUGAUGACACUACCUGAAUAAAGAAAACAAAAAUUGCCAAAUUCGUCGGGAAGUACUAUCAUUACUUAUCUCAUGCAAAGCAAGGAAAAACGACCAAAACAUUAAAGAAAAUAGAUUUAAUCUAAAGCACAGUGCUGACGCAAAGGGCGGAAGCAGUGCUUGUUCUGGCGUUUGCAACACGCCCGCCCACAAAUCACUUCGCUUUGUGACGCGAUAGAACGGAUAAAACCAACACUACAUUGCAACCACAAACAUUUAAGUACCAACAUUGUGUUAACUGAAUAUUAAAAUUCAACCAGCGUUAGUGACAAUAUCUAUAGCAUUGAUUAUAGCACAUAGGAAGAAGGUCGACAACAAGCAGACUGAAGGCAAUUAUCACCAAACAUGGCUAGUAUAUCAGACCGGAAGCGAAAUACUUUUUUGAGUUAUGUUGCACCCUCACCUGGAGAUAUUCCUCGCCAAGAAGGUAGUGAUGAUUGGCUUCCAACAGAGCUGAGGGAUCUUCAUUUGGCUAAACCACGAUUAUUACCUAACGAACUUGUUGUAGCUUCGGCACCCGCUUAUCUGUUUUCUGCUAUUUUGCCUGCACCUACUGAAGGUUCUGAACUCGAUAUGUCCCGCCAGGCAAUAUUCGGGUUGUUAAGUGUCACCAAUUUCAAAAUGGCAUUUGUGCCACUACAACGACAUAAACAGGAAACACCUCCCCAAGAAUCCUAUCAGGAGCAUCUAUACUUGCAACGUAACGAUGUUACCCUAAAUAACAUAGACUAUGUGUACCAGCUGGCAGAGGGCGGUAGAGUCAGUGUAAGCGCACUAAGUGGAGGAAAUAGACGCAAAAAACUCGAUGCACAACAGAAAGUGAUGAGUAAUCGUAUUACGGCCCUUCACAUUAUUUGCAAAAAUUUUCGUUUACUUAAGUUCGCCUUCCAAAAUUCAAGAUCAGGCCCUGAUUAUGGAAAACUGAUUGCUUCAGCUUUAGCGCGUUUUGCAUAUCCAUCGCGUCAUGAUCUAAGUUUUGCGUACUGUUAUCGCGAGCCAUAUUAUUCCAUGUUAGGAAAAUCUAGUGUCACUAUGUACAGCACAAAAAAUGACUGGGCGCGAGAGUUAAUACGAUGUGGUUCAAACGAAUGGCAAGUCGUAAGUGCUGAUAGUGUGCAUCAAUUAAAAAACGUGUUGCAAGCCCCAAAGUACACCCUACCGCCCCACUUUGUCAUUCCUAAAUGCUGCACAGUUGAACGUUUCUUGGAUUUAUCACGAGCCUUCUACGAUUCGCGAGCGGCAUUUUGGGUAUAUGGUUAUGGCAAUGCAUCUCUUGUUCGUUUAGCAGAAUUGAAACCAGCAAUGCAGCAAGACACGAAAGUGGAAAAUGUCACCCUCGAACUCGUGAGAAAGUGUGAUCCACGUCAUGCGCUAAAACUUCUACAAUUGACGGAUCGCCUUCCUAGUAUACAAGAUGUGCAAAGAGCAUACCUAAAGUUUCGUCGCCUUUGUACUCCGGAAAGUCCCCAAGAAUUUCUGGUUCAAGAUUCUAAAUUUCUUUCAAAUGUGGAAAAGUCGAAUUGGCUCUUCUACGUAUCACUGUGUUUACGAUAUUCAUGCGAAGCUGCAGAAUCGUUGCGAACCGGUACAACAUGUGUAUUGCAGGAAACCAAUGGUCGGGACUUGUGUUGUAUUAUUUCGAGCCUGACGCAAAUAAUACUAGAUCCUCUAUUUCGGACAAUUGAUGGGUUUCAGUCUUUGGUACAAAAGGAAUGGGUGUCUUUAGAGCAUCCUUUUCAAACUAGAUUGGGGCAUGUUCGUGGUGAUACAGCAGAAGAGGAUGAAAGUCCCAUUUUCUUACUGUUUCUUGACUGCGUAUGGCAGUUGUUGCAACAAUUCCCAGACGAAUUUGAGUAUAGUCAAACAUAUUUGACUACAUUAUGGGAUUCGUGUUUUCUACCUAUAUUUGAUACAUUUCAAUUUGAUACUGAAGCGGAUCGAGCACGUGCGGUUAAUUUUGGUAACUUGGUACUGCGUCCUGUUUGGGAUUGGGGUGAACAGUUCGCUGAGAAAGAUAAGGUAUUCUUUACAAAUCCUUUCUAUCAACGUCAGCGACAGGAGCAACAGAAUCGUCGCUCGAUAGCGAUACCAGCAGGUGCUGUUAUGCUACCCGGACUCGCACAAAUUUCCUCAAUCAAACAGGGGCAACAGCAACGCUUUACAACCAUCAAUCCGCAAUUGUUUGUUACCUCCUCCACAAUACCAAAGGACCGCUUUUUGGAACCGCAACAUCGCAUGGUUGAUUUGGCAAUAUGGGAACAAUGUUAUUACCGUUGGAUGCCUAUUUUAGAAAUCAAACACGGCGGUUUUCCACAGAUAGAUCUUAAUCAUCGUUUACUGUUGAGUAAUAUUGCCAAAUUACAGCGUUGUUUAGAACUUCAGGACUUUGAAGAUUUACCAGAUAUUUACUACGAACGGACCUGUGAAAAAAGACCUCUCAUAGAUAACACUACAAGAAGAUGUAAUAGCAUUGAAAUGAUCGAUGGCGUAGAGCGACGUCGCAAGUCUUCCUUACCGGCUACCUUAAAUGGAUUCAAUAGCAGUGGAUUGCUUCCAGAAAUUUCGUCUUUUUUCCCCUUUAGCAUAAAUACUGGCGAAUCUGAGCAGCUUAUAGAUAUACUAACAAAUAGCAAUGAAUUUCUGUUAGAAGGGUCAUUUAUGGAACGUCUAUCAAUCGCAUAGCAAUCUGAUAUUUGUAAAAUGUCUCAUGCAGCUAAAUUCGGUUAAGAUGCAAAUCUGAAAUUGAGGUUUUUAGUUAAAAUACCAGUUUUUUCUUUUUAUUUAUUGCAAUGGAGAAUAGAAAGACAAUUACAUACAAGACAUUUUUAGAAAUGGCAUUGGUAUUUUGUAAAAAGAACUUAUCUUUCAUGCUGGCAUUUAUUCAGAUCAUGCAGUACCACCACACUCACAUGCUAUUAUGCAAGCAAUUCAAAAUUCUUAAUACAUACCUUGAAUGAGAACGUUAUAGUAUUAUACACAUACAUACACAUACAUAUAUUUUGCUACUUUAAUUUCCAUUACAACUCUUUUUUUUGUUUUUGUUUAGAAACUAUUCCGACUAUUCGUAUAACGGUUUAUAUUAUUAAAAAUUUACAAAAUUGCUGAAGUGACGGCAGUUAUGUAUGUUAACGCAGAAAAAGUCUUACUCGUUAGACAUGUAUGAAAUGUUUGUAUUAUAUAGGCAUAUUUAAAUAAUAGUUGCAGUUUCCAUGCAAUUGAAAAAAGCAUUGAAAUUUUACUCUCAUUAAGGUGGGUUUUUUAUGGUAUCGGUUGGGACCGAUAAAAAAUAACGAUUUCACCCGACCGCAAGACAACCGUAAUAAAAAUGUCGCACCAAUGUCGUUACGAUAUUGCCUACAUAGGUAUAUAAAUAAAUAUAUAUGUAUAUGAGAAACCAAUGCGAAAAUAUUUAUUAUAUUUUAAUAAUUCACACGUAAAUUACUAAUCGAAAAAUAAGUAAAUAAUACAUUCAAUGUAUUGUCGAAAAGGUAAAUCGAAAAUAAAAUUGAAGUUAUACGAA